GUUUUCAAUAGUGCUGUGUGUGUGUUUAUUGUUUUAAUUAUUCUCAAACGCAGUCGUAUGAAGCAUGGAUAUAUCAAGAUAUCAAGCACAUUUUCCCGAGUCUGCUGUACCAAGUUUCAUCGAAUAUUUUGAAGCAAAAUGCAUCCAACAGGAGACCAACAUAAGCAGAAUCCAGAAACAGGAGAUAUCAUCGUUCAUGUCGAAGAAUAUCCUGAGAUUAUGAGACUUAACUUCAUCCUGCUUAAUAUAUUCGGUCUUCUACCUCCUACUCGUGCUGGACCAUUGAUGAAGUUCAUCUACAAAAUGUUCAUAGCAGCCGUAAUGUUAAUGGAUGUAUUAAUAUUGCUAGGGCAGGUGCUUGCAGUUGUUGUGUACUGGGGAAAUUUGGAGCUAAUUUCUGCCAUAGUUGGGGUAAUGAAUGGUUUCGCUGUGGCAUUUAUCAGCUGUGCGUAUUUCGUGAUCAACAAGGAAAAGAUUUUGAUGCUGGUAGAUAUAAUGAGAGAUAAAUUUGUGGCCACAACCAAAUCAAAGUAUAUGAAUCUAAUUAAGAAAGCUGAUAGUCAGGUAGUUGUUUAUUUGUAUCUCUCAAGCCCUGUAGUUGUGUGCUGUAGUUUCUCAUGGGGAGUAGCUACCGUCAUAAACAUGAACGAGUUUUCCAAUAUGGAAACAAACAAUGUUACUAAAACAGAACAGAAUGUUGAUAAGAUGGUUUUCGUGAUGUGGACACCAUUUGAUGUUCAACAGUCGCCUCAAUUUGAAAUAUUUAGUGUAUUUCAAAUUUGCUUCGUGUGUAUUGGCGUAGUAACGUCUUACACACUCUCUGUUUUGGUGUUGUCUCUGAUGAGUCACUCAGCUGCACAGUUUAAUAUCUUGGUAGCAAUGUUGAACGACAUGCAUGAGAAUAUUAGCGACAAUGAAUUAACAGCCAUAGAAACAGCAUUUUCUGCAAACAGCGCCAUUGACGGAGGAAAGGUCUUUGACAACGAGACAGACGAAGAAUCUAGAAAUGGUCACUGUUCGGAGUUGUUACGCCAUUUUAAUGAACCCGAUAAUUUGGAUGAAGAUAAAUUCCAACGAUAUCUCAUAAACUGUAUUAAACAUCACGAAAGUAUGAUUAACUUCGUUGGGCGUAUAAGCGACGUAGUGAGCAUUGUGGUAUUCCUGCAGAUAAUGAACCUGCCUAUCAUAUUAUGCGUGACAGGAUUUCAGAUGACACAGACUUUCGACAGACACGAGCAAUUCUUCAAGUUCUGUUCCCUGUCGGUUGCGGCAUUGUACCAUAUAUUUUCCUAUUCCUGGUUUGGACAGCAAAUGACCAACAAGAGCGAGGAGGUGGCGACUGCAUUAUACAGCACAGAUUGGUACAACCAGAAGCCAGGAUUUAAGCGCCUCUUACUUCUAGCCAUCAUGAGGGCUUCGAGGCCGGUAAAGGUGAAGGUUGGAGUGUUCUAUGACAUGUCUUUCGACACAUUUACUUCGAUUAUGAACGUCGCGUACAAGUAUUUUGCAGUGCUGAUUCAACUUAACGAGUCCUAAGAAUGAAGAUUAUAAUAGUGCUUUAACAGCAGUAGUAUGCACACACAUACCGCGAGUAAUGAGACCCACUAGGGGAGGAGAAAAGUGUAUAAAGCUACGAAAAUAAUGUAUUUAGAAAAACACCUUAAAAUCCUUGUGGUAAUUAAACGUACCAUAUGAUUUGUCUGUAAAUCUGCGUUUUGCAUUUGUGUCUUUCGUCUGAUUCUCAG